GCUAACGUAGCACGCGGGUGUAGUGUAGCUACAACUCUCGCCUUCCACAUUGACGAGUCAAGACGUGAUGCAGUCGACGGAGUCCGCCCAGCGCCGGGCCUCCUCCACGGCCGCCACCGCGCCCCGGCGGAGCGUGGGGUGCAUGGCCGGCCUCCUCCGCCUGCUCUCCCCGUACCAUCGCCACCGGAAGCGCCUCACCGCCAAGAACGCCACGCCGGAAGCCUCCCGACCGCCCCCGUCUCCACCGCCCAUGAAGAAGCCGGCAGCGUCGCCGGCACCGACGCAGGCCCCAGGGCAGCCGCAGACGCCGACAGCUGUCCGGCGGCGGCGUUCAUGCGAAGCGCCUCGGAGCCCGACGAUCGCUCCGGAGUACCGCCGGGCCAGCUGUGACAGCCCCAGGCCGCCGCCGCCAGCUAUCGUCGCGCGCCUAAUGGGACUGGAGGAGUCCGCGCCGGCUUCCCCCGCCACGACCCCGCGGCCACGACCGCUGCCCACCCGCCCUCCUCCUCCCCCGCCACCAGAGAUGGCCGCCGAGAAGCGGCGCAAGCUGCUGGGCGCGCUGGAGAAAUGCGACGACGACCUCCAGACACUGCGGCGGAUCAUCGCGGCCGUGCGGGCUGCCGAGCUGCGGUCGGCCGCUGCGUCCGACGUCUGGCCAGCUCCGGCAGGGGAAGGCAAGGGCGCCAAGUGGAUGGACGGCUCGCCCACGGUACAGCAGAAGCCGCGGGCCGAGGCGCAGUAUCCCAGCCCGGACUCGGUGCUGGACGCCAUCACCUCACCGAGAUUUCCAUGCAGGAAGCGGUCGUCUCCAUGCACACAUCUCGAUGCAGACAGCAAGCCCGAGAUUACCCGUUGCGGCAACGACGCGCUCAUAGUACGAUCCAAGAUCGUGAAACCCUCCCGAACACUUGUUUUCUCCGGGGACUACUGCAAGAUCAAGCAAUACUGCAACGAGCUGCACGCCAUGGCCAUGUACCACCACCCGGCGACGGUGGCGGCCGUCGAGGGAAUGCCGCGGUGGACGCCGUCAGCAGCCGAGGCGCAGGGCUGGCAGCAUCGGCGACGGUGGGGCCUCCAGGGCCCAGAGCGGAGCCGCGCGAUGGUGGAGAGCGUGGGCGAGGUGUGGGGGCAGGGCGCCGGCGAGGAGCGGUGGGAGGCCGGCCUCGUCGGCGCCGCGCUGGAGCGCGCCAUCCUGCAGGAACUGGUCUUGGACGUCGUGACGGAGCUGCUCGCGCACUCCGGGCGGGAAGCGCAGGCGCCGUUCGGCCAGUUUGGCCGCGGGCACGACCACGGCGGCGGUGCCAUGUGCCGGAAGAGGCUCUGUUUCUGAGCGAUUUUGGCGUGCUCUGUUCUGGCUUUCAUGCGUACAUAGUGCUGUACUACGAGUGGAGCAAGCCAGGCACGUACGGUAUGUAGUCCAAGGGGUGGAUGUCGGUGACUGACGCCCCUAUGAUGUUGGUGGUGGUGGUAUUGAAAGAUCGGAUACGCUGUGGCGCCCUUGUAGGUGAGGGCAAUAAAGUGACGCGUCGCUUUAGAAUGUGGGGGGUGAUGAAGUGAGCACAGUGAGAGUGACUCCGCUUUGCGAUCAUGAGGUCGGCUCCACGCGCACCCGCGCGCCACACAAACACAAGGCGUUGGGUCAAGCUUGCAUACGAGAUGGAGAAGGAUGCGUGUCCAGCUCCAUGGAUCAUUUAGUGGUAUAGUACGAGUUUAUGUGGACCGUUGUGACCAUUUACGUCAUUCUUGUUCUGGAUAUACUGAUUAAUACCGGCUAAUUAUUUUUCUUAACCUUGUAACUUUUCCAAAAUAGGAGUAUAUAGUAGUAGUGUUUUCUUGCUCGCUUUGUAUCCCGCCUAGGUCCCUUGGGAAAAAAAAUAUCAUUCGAAAUAGGUGGGGGGUGUUCGAACGAGGUCGAGGAUUGAUGCUUCAUAGAUGUUGAAAAUAAAAAAAAAGUGACAUUUUUUCUUUCAAAUUGAUGAACAUCUCCACCGUUAAAAAAAUAAUUGAAGGAACCAUCACAGGAUUAACAA